UAUAAUUUGGGGUUCUGUUCCCUUGUUACAUCUCUGUACUUGGACCAUUUCAGCCAAUGGCAUGUCUUUUAUGGCGUGAUCCAUGCCAAUCAGCAAUAGAAUUAAGGGUCGUAUCUGGAUCUCUGGUUGCCUAACAUCCAAACCUGUGGACCCGCCACCAACUUCUUCUUAAUAAAUAACGAUAUGUAAGCGCUUAAAAUAUUUCCUCUGAUUACCAGGACUUUACAUCUCCCGCCAUGUUCUUUCUCAGCACCAUGUGGUCUCCUGGAGAUCGAGUCUCGCCUAACAAAUGGUUCAAUGUUUCCGGCUUCUCCGUUGACUACUCCAACUGUUCGCUCGAAGGAACGUGGCACGCCACGCUUUUUGUUAUCACGUACGGUGUGAGUAUCGUUGUCGGCGUGCCUGCGAAUCUCAUGGCACUUUGUGGAAUCUGCCAUCUCGUGAAAUCCCGGAUCCUCCAUUCGGUUUAUCUCCUGAAUCUCACCGUCGCCGACCUGCUCUACUUAUCGAUCUUGCCUUUAUGGAUCUUAUACUUCAUGAGAGACCACCGCUGGGUUCUAGGUACCUCGGCGUGCAAAGCCAGCGGGACCCUGUACUUCAUCAACAUGUAUGCCAGUGUUUACUUUUUGUGUUGCAUAGCGGUGGAACGGUGUCUGGCCAUCGCUUAUCCCCUGAAAUUCCAGACUCUGAGAACCGUAAGAUGCUACGUUGCCGUCAGCCUAGUCGGGUGGCUGGUUAUCAUUAUGUGCCAGGUCCCCAUCAUCGUGUCGGCGGAGUUUGCCUAUUCCCACCUCUGCUACCAGGGCUACGUGAAAAGCCGGUCGCACGCCGUAGUCACUUGUGCCGCUUCUGUGUUUGGCUUCUUGUGUCCCUCGUUCCUCUUGUUAUUUUGUUACCACGCCUCGAUUCGGGGAAUCGAACACUCUUCGGUAGCGCGGACUGACGCCUUCUGGAUAAAAUCCAUGUUGCUCGCGUGCUUACUGACUUUUCUCUCCUGCUUUGGACCAUAUCACUGUAUAUCUUUAGUUCACGCAGUUCACGUGAUUAUUUACGGUCCCGACUGUGACUUUGUGCUGACAAUCCACUCGUACUACAGGAUCAGCGUCGCCAUCACGAGUCUGAACACCGUCCUCGACCCUCUGCUGUACGUCUAUUUCUGCAAGGAUUUAUCUAAGCAUCUGGAAAAACUCUGCCGUUGCGGACGUUAAACAGACUGGCUGUCAGAGAAACAACGUGGCCAGACCAUAAGGGGACCGGCUGAAGGAAGAGGACACAUUAAUAAAAAGCUGAUUAUAAUGAUUGAAUAGCGAGAUUUUUAAAUAAAGGAAAUGAUUUAAUAUAAUAGA